GAGGCAUCAGUGAGCGCGUCCUCCGGCCGCUAGGGGCGGACUGCAGCUCCCGAAGGGCUUCGGGCUCAGAGGGCGGCUGGUCUCGCUUCCCGCUCCGGCUCAACCCCGACGGUGCCACGGGAGCCGAUGGAGGGCGCCGAGGCGCAGGUGCGGUGCCCCGUGUGCCUGCGGGAGCUGCCGGCCGCGCUCAUCAACUCGCACCUGGACCACUGCUUGCAGGCCGCGGAUGGCGAGGCGACGCGGGGCCGCUCACCCCCUUCCAAGAAGCCGCGCCUCGCUUCCGCCGAGCAGAGCGGCCAGGCGGAGGAGCAACCCGAUGAGGCCCGCCCGGCGGCCGCCCCCGUUUUCUCCCUGUUCCACAAGAGCCCGGGAGCCCCCGGCGGGAGAAGCGGGGCCGGGCGGGGAGAUGCCGCCGAGCGGCCGGAGGAGGGCGGCGGGCCUACGUUGCGCGGGGCGAACGUGGCGCAGCGGCUGGAGGGGCAGCCCCUGGCAGACAGGCUGCGGCCGGACACGCUGCGGGACUACGUGGGGCAGGAGCGAGUGCUGGGCGCCCACACCAUGCUGCGGUCCCUGCUGGAGUCACACGAGAUCCCCUCCAUCAUCCUUUGGGGACCGCCGGGUUGCGGCAAGGUGAGUGCCUGCCCCAUCACGCCUCAGGGCAUUGGACUUUGCCUGGCUUCGUUUUCGAGGCUGGUGGACUCCAAAGGAGGAGCUCCCAUGUCUGUGCUCACUUUUUUUCCCGGUCUGUUACAUUGUUUUCUGUGGUGACCGUCCACAGAGCACUUAGAUCACAAAAACUGCAGUUUACUUCUAAAAUAAAACAUGACCUGCACCCAUCAUCCCUAUUCCCUGCAGUUUGGACUUUGAUUACACAGGCCAGAUUAGGUUCAUUGCAGCCAAUGGGCUUCUAGUAAACUCCUAAUCCACUAAAUAAAUGUAGAAGCAAAGAAGCUUGAAAGCAGCAACAGGAUGGAAUCAUAGAGUUUGAUUUGGAAAGGUCCCUUAAAGUCCAUCUAGUCCAACUUCCCUGCAGAGAACAGGGGCAUCUACUGUGAGAUAAGGUUGUGCAGGGCCCUGUCCAGCCUGACCUUGAGUGUCUCCAGGAGUGAGACACCCCCCACCUAUCUGAGCAAUCUAUGCCAGUGCUUCACUACCCAUGGUAAUAAAAAAUGUCUUCCUUAUUAUCCAAAUGGCUUUGAAAUGAAGGAGGCUUACAAAAGCAUAGCUUGCAAAUGUGGGUUUGCUUUAGCCCAAAAACUCUGUCUCCUGAUAGAAAAAGACUUCAGUGUGUAAGGCAGCCAGCAGUGUGGCUCUGCUAGGUACCCAUCCACAUUCAAACACAUGAGCCACUAUUAAUGGAUCUUCAAGUUGCAUGUCCUGACUGCUGCACUCUCAUGUCCCGUGUCUCUUAAGAUACCCAGGACAAAUACUGGUAAAACCCCAAAAGGCACAGGAGUGCAGCAUGGCAGUGAAGGGAUCCACAACUAGAGAGAGUGAAGGACCAAAUGAAUGCCUUGAGUGUGUUCACUCAAGGAUCUCAGGUUGUCAUUUGCCUUGUAUUUCAGAUUGGGUUGAGGGGGGAGGAGGGAAGCUAGGCAAGCAGAGUACAUGCUCUGUCAGUCUAAUGUGUGCUCAGCUUUAAGUUUGACAUAUUACAGUCACGUGAGUGUCUUGGCUGUGCAUAAAAGCAAAUGUGGGUUAUGUGAAAUAAUGACUAAUGAAUUAGUGGUAGCAGAGGAGUUAAGAACAAAUCGCUACCCUGUCAUUUUUGAAGAUAAAAAGUGACUUAGUGUGCGUGAUGUUUGUAUAAUAAUACCAGUUAAUCACAAUUAAUAAGGAGCAGGUAUAAGAAUGGAUGAUAAAUGGAUUAAUACUGUUAGUAAUUAUGUUGUUCAUACUACACAACACACAACUGAAAAGAACCAGCUGUUGAAUGUACACAGUUGCUACUUCCUUUAAAACAGCGAGGUAAUGUCAGAAAGAAACCAGUAAAUGAGGUAAAGGAGCUAUUGGAGUGAGUCCAGGGGAGAACCAUGAUCAGGGGGCUGGAGCACCUCUCUUAUGAAGAAAGAUGGAGGGAGUUGGGCUUGUUCAGUUUGGAGAAGAGAAGGUGCUGGGAAAGUCUCAUUGCAGCCUUCCAGUACUUGUAGAGAGCUUAAAACAGGAGGGGGAAUUAACUUUUAGAAUAGUUCAGUAGUGGUACAACAAGGAGGAAUGGUUUUAAACUAAAAGAGAGAGAAUUUAGGUUAGAUGUUGGAAGGAAACAAUUUACUCAUUGAGUGGUGAGGCGCUGACACAGCUGCCUGGAGAAGCUGGUCACAUUCAGUGUCUGGAUGACAACCGAGCUCAGUGGACGUCGAGUUGUGUUCUGCUGAGACUAUACAUUUUUUGAAUGGCUGUGUUAAAGCUUGUUGGUGAGGUGCUGACAGCUCACUGUUGUGCUCCAGGUCUACUUUUGGAGCCUCCUGUGUUGCUGAGAUUGUUUUUGGAUGCUAGGUGAUCUGUUUCGUGUCAUGUCGCUUUCCCUCUCUCAUGACGUACCUUCCUCAUUCAUACACCUUGAGUGCUGUUGUAUGUACUAAACUUGCUUCUCGGUGAGCUUAAAUUCUGCUGCUGAUCAUGCUUGCCUUGUGACUUGCAUAAGGACUGUCCUAUUUGAGUUGUGGCUGAAUUGAUGCUGUCUCCAGCAAAGUGGUUUUUGAGGCUUCUCUCUUUCAGCUAGC